UCCCCGUUAAUGAGAUAUGCGAUACACCUGCGUUCGCUGCCCUGACGUCAGCACUAUUGGGGCUCGUGACUCAGAGAAAAGUCACCGGUGUGCCAAAAGCAACCCCCUCUUUUAUCUCAAAAGUAAUGUUUCAUUACUCGCCGUCUUGGUUUACAGCCUUUUUGUUAUGUCAGGCGCAUCAUAGAACCAAAGUCUCGAGUUUUAAACGCUAUAGGCUACAGAUAGGGUCGGAAAUGAACGGAGGGAACAGGAAAUCUAUUGAUAAUUCGACUAAGUCUGACACCAUAAACCAGAAGGCAAUUACAAAUCGUUUACGCUGCUUACUACACGCCCUCUCAUGAAACAAAACGGAGUAAUCAUCGCUGUAACGCGUUAGAGUAAUCUCCGUUACCAGCCCUGCCUCUUCUAUCUCUCCGCUUUGUCUACGCAUCCAUGUGGGUUUUUCCCUUCGCAGUGUUGGUGUUGCGCCUCUCCGGUCUGUCAUCCUCUCAACCAUUGGUCUCGGAGACCAUCAGUCUUCCCUUCACAACAAUAGAGCUGCGCGCGCGCGUACAUGCACUCACGCGCCGGCACUAAACGCGCACAGUGCUUUCAAGGAGCGACGGUGAAAUGUUGGUAAAACUGCGGUUUACCGACUCCUUUCUUUUCUGCUUCACCUCGGCUAAGAGUGCUGGGAAGCCUCUGCGAUGCGUUCAAGCGCGCACGCAACGGAGUUGAAAUAAGGGAAGCACGAGGAGCUGGGGGAAAAAAACGGAGGGGGGAGAUUUUCUCACGAGGAUGACUGACUGGUGACAAAGGAAACGGGGAGCCUCUCUGGCUUCGGUUGUCACCCGCUAGAACUUGAAGGAAGGCGUUUGGGGGGACCGGCUUGCUCUCAAAGAUUUUUUUUUUAUCAAAAUUAUUUUUGGAAGGGAACCAUGCCUGUCCGGAGGGGUCAUGUUGCGCCUCAAAACACAUUUUUGGGAGUAAUUAUUCGGAAAUUCGAAGGACAAAAUAAGAAAUUCAUCAUAGCCAAUGCCCGGGCACAGAACUGCGCUAUUAUCUACUGUAAUGACGGCUUCUGUGAGAUGACAGGCUUCUCCAGGCCGGAUGUCAUGCAGAAGCCGUGCACGUGUGACUUCCUCCACGGCCAGUUUACCAGCCGGCACUCGGUGGCCCAGGUGGCCCAGGCGCUGCUGGGCUCAGAGGAGCGCAAGGUGGAAAUCACCUACCACCGCAAGGAUGGUUCAAACUUCCUGUGCGCCACCCAUAUCAUCCCUGUGAAGAACGAGGAGGGAGUCGUCAUGAUGUUCAUCCUUAACUUCGAUUACAUCCUAAACGAAGGCAGCAGUGACUCACUGGAGAAACUCAACCACACCUCGCCAUCCAAAGCUGACCAACGGAAAGGGAGAUUCUUUCGCUUCCGUUUCCCGGCCUUACCUCUUCUGGGCAUCAGCAAGCAGUCCCUGCCCCAGGAAGACCCCGAUGCUGUCAUGGUGGACUCCCCUCGCCACAGCGACGGCUCUGUGGCUACGCGCGACUACCAACUUCCCGCCACCCGCGAGAGCUGCAGUCCCUCCUACGCUAACGACACCCGCGCCCUCAUCGGCCCCAGCCAUUGCUCCACCCCUGUGUCCGGGCCUUUGGACCACUCAUCGCCCAAGGGCCCCUGGGACCGGACGUACCUGGACCAGGCCAUUGCCCAGACCCAAAACCAGAGCCAGGAGGACACACUUAUUGCAACUCCGUCAAUCCCGGGCCUCACUCCAACCGCCUCCAGAGAGAGUGUGUGCAGUAUUCGCAGAGCCUCCUCCGUACAUGACAUGGAAGGCUUUGGGUCAAACUCCAAGAUGGCGUUCAGGGACAGACAUGCCAGUGAAGGGCCGCUCAUCCAGAUCAAAUCCAGCCUGCUCGGCUCCACCUCCGACUCCAACCUUAACAGGUACAGCACCAUCAACAAGAUUCCCCUCAUCACGCUCAACUUCUCUGAGGUGAACAAUGAGAAGAAGUGCCCCUCCCCUCCUUCCUCUGAGAAAACUAUCAUCGCCCCAAAGGUCAAAGACCGCACACACAAUGUCACCGACAAAGUCACGCAGGUUCUUUCUCUGGGUGCAGAUGUGCUACCGGAGUACAAGCUCCAAACGCCACGCAUGGACAAGUGGACCAUCCUUCACUACAGUCCGUUCAAAGCAGUGUGGGACUGGCUGAUCCUGCUGUUGGUCAUCUACACGGCCAUUUUCACUCCGUACUCUGCUGCCUUCCUCCUCAACGACAUCGAGGAGCAGAGGAGGAGGGAGUGUGGCUACUCCUGCUCACCCCUCAACGUAGUGGAUCUGAUAGUGGACAUUAUGUUCAUUGUGGACAUCCUUAUAAACUUCAGAACCACAUAUGUCAACAUCAACGAAGAAGUGGUCAGCCACCCAGCAAAGAUUGCCAUCCACUACUUUAAAGGCUGGUUCCUCAUUGACAUGGUGGCCGCCAUCCCGUUUGACCUGCUCAUCUUUGGCUCAGGAUCAGAUGAGACCACCACUCUGAUUGGUCUACUUAAGACGGCCCGUCUCCUCCGGUUGGUACGAGUCGCCCGUAAGCUGGACCGGUACUCAGAGUACGGUGCUGCUGUCCUCAUGCUGCUCAUGUGCAUCUUUGCCCUCAUCGCCCAUUGGUUGGCCUGCAUCUGGUACGCAAUUGGGAACGUGGAGAAGCCUUACCUGGAGCAUAAAAUCGGCUGGCUGGACAACUUGGGGGUGUCAAUAGGAAAAAAAUACAACUACAGCGACCCCAGCUCGGGCCCCUCCAUCAAAGAUAAGUAUGUCACGGCGCUCUACUUCACCUUCAGCAGUCUGACCAGUGUUGGCUUUGGGAAUGUCUCCCCCAACACCAAUUCUGAGAAGAUCUUCUCCAUCUGCGUCAUGCUCAUUGGAUCUCUAAUGUACGCCAGCAUCUUUGGGAACGUGUCUGCCAUCAUCCAGAGGUUGUAUUCAGGUACAGCCAGGUAUCACCUCCAGAUGCUGCGGGUCAAAGAGUUCAUCCGCUUCCACCAGAUCCCAAACCCACUGAGGCAGAGGCUGGAGGAGUACUUCCAACACGCCUGGACGUACACCAACGGCAUCGACAUGAAUAUGGUCCUGAAGGGUUUCCCAGAGUGCCUGCAGGCAGAUAUCUGCCUCCACCUCAAUAAGGUCCUCCUGGAGGGCUGUAAGGCGUUCCGUGGAGCCACAAAGGGCUGCCUCCGGGCCCUGGCCAUGAGGUUCAAGACCACCCAUGCGCCGCCUGGAGACACCCUAGUCCACAGCGGAGACGUUCUCACUGCGCUCUACUUUGUCUCCCGCGGCUCCAUUGAAAUCCUGAAAGAUGACGUUGUAGUAGCCAUCCUGGGCAAGAACGACAUUUUCGGCGAGAUGAUACACCUGUACGCCAAGCCGGGGAAAUCUUGUGCAGACGUGCGGGCGCUGAGCUACUGUGACCUCCACACCAUUCAGAGGGAGGAGAUUCUGGAGGUGCUGGACAUGUAUCCAGAGUUCGCCGACCUCUUCCUCACAAACCUGGAGCUGACUUUUAACCUCCGUGAUGACAAGAUGACGUACGCAAGUGAUUCUAAUAAGGAUGAGUGUCAAAGGCGUGUGUCCUACCGAAGGAAAUCCUCCACGGGUUCCCACAACAAGGAGCCAGUGGCCACCUACUGCAACACCAAGCAAGGGAGGCAGAUCUACACCGCCUCAGCAGCUGAGGAGAGGAGAGAGGUCGCCGAGGAGGGAGAGGAGGAGGAGGAGGAGGAGGAAGGCAGGGAGGAGGAGGAGGAGCAGAGGCCCUUGUGUUCUGGUGUGCUCGGCUACCCGGUGGUUAGGGACCACACCCUGGGCCUCGGGCUAAGCAGUACUCCAGACGCACAGGCUGGAGACGACGCGCAGACCCAGACAUAUAAAGAGCUCCAUGCAGAGGAGUGGGUGCGUCAGCGUCCCAGCGAGGGUGCAGAAGAGUCAGCCCAGUGUCGAGAGACGCCAGCGGGAGAGGACAGCGACACAGACCUCACCUACGGAGAGGUAGAGCAACGGCUGGACCUGCUGCAGCAGCACCUCAACAGACUGGAGUCCCAGAUGACGGCAGACAUCCAGGCCAUCCUGCAGCUCCUCCAGAGACAAACUACGGCUGGUCCCCCCGCCUACAGCACUGUCACCUCCAGCCCCGAGUACCAGAGGCCAGCCAUCAGGGUGCAGCCGGUGUCUGCCAUCCAGACUGAACUCAGCCUCGCUCCUGCUCCACCUCGGCCACAGAGCCCUGGCCCAGAAAAGGCCCAGAACAAAUCCAAAGAAUCCUCCCCAGUCCUCCUCCACACAGGGACUCUUCCAGAUGGGAACUUUGCUGAACUGCUGGAGAGCGACACAGAAACAGCGCAGACGCACACACAAAACAACAUGGACUCUCUAGAGCAACAACAGCCACCGAGGUUCCCAUCAGGCCGACAAGCCUCCCUACCUGAUGUCCCCAGCAGCUCAGGAAUGUUGGGACUCCACAGGCCAGUUUCUGACCCGGGGCUUCCAGAAAAAAAACCUCCCAUCCCCCGUCCCACCAACUCUGAUUUAGAUGUAUAAAGUCUAUUUAUACAGAGAUGUAGAACAAAAGUUGCUGAAGCCGAACUCGACAUGUCUAACGCCUGGAGAGUCGUCCACUGGACUUUCAUGGGAUUUGCAAACUUUUGCACAGAGAUUAGAAAACUUGCUGUACUGGAUAUAAAUGUCACUUUUUAAAUCUAGUGCUGUUCAAUUGUUUUUAUGCAUUUUUUUAAAUGUUUGCCACUGUAUUUUAUACAAUGCAACACUUAACAGCUAAUUUGAAUGUUUCUGUUCUUAACUAUAUUUAAAGAAAUAUAUUGUGUAAAUAGACGGAGGAAGAAAUGCGCAACUGUAUAAAUGAUUAAACAGAAUGCACACUGA